AGUCUUCACGUUGCACCUCAACGGAAAGCAGCACGGUACGCAUGGACACCGACGUCGCCUCCUCGGUGGUGGUGCCGCGCUGCGUGGACCUCGCGCUCUUCUUUUGCGGCACCGCGCUGCACAACCUGCGCGGCGAACUCCCGCCCACCGAUCCGGCGACAGUGCAGCUGCAUCGGUGGUACCUGCACAAAGUCUGUUUUCUUCACGCGUUGCCAAAUGAUGACGACGCGGGUGCGCCGCCCGACGCGGCGGAGGGGGAGGAGGAGGCCCCCGAUAGUCCGCGCAAGGAGCAGAUGCCCUUCUUUGUUCCACCGCGACCUUCUGCCCCUAACGCAUCCGGCGCCGGGUCACGAGAGGUCAACUUCACCAGCGCAUUUAACCGACUUCACCACUCGCUGGCCGCAGCGGCGUCUUCAUGCGAGGAAAGCCACGCCACAACGGAAAAGACCGCCGCGGCUGCGUCAGCGAACAUCAGCGGACGUGUCCACGCGCGGUCUUCGUCAGAGCCUUCCGAUGCGUCCUCUGCACUUGCCAACGACAACGGGUGGGAUGCGCAGCGACGUCACGGCGCGGGUUUUCGCAUUUUAGAGGAGUUUAUCAACGUCGCAUAUGAGAAGGGCGGCUCCGCCUUGGCACGGUGCGUGGCGGAGGCCCUCGUCUACAUCGUGACGGAGCACAACGAGCUCCCUGGUACGCCGGCGGCUGCGGCGGAGCGGGCUGCGAUCGCGGCUGCGUCUCCCUCGUCCCUUUCCCCAGUACGCGUCGCCACCUUAGCGAAACUCUUCCAAGAAGAUCUUUUCGAUGAUGAACUGAGCAUGGAGGCCGGCAACGCCACGCGCAGCUUCCACAUCUGGGUCAACUACGAGUGGGCGAGCGCCUCCUUUCUUCGGCAGACCCGUUUAGCGACCGUCGCGACGCGUUGGCUGCGCGAGCUGUGUCGCUACCGUGAUCGGACGCAGCAGACCGCAGCCUGUGCCGAUUGGUGUAGCCAGCAGGACUCCACGUUAGACACGGCCGCUCUUUCGCGGCUGCCCACCAACUUGAAGGCGAUGCACGCCGCAUUGGAGGGCGUCUUCGAAGGCCACGCCAACACUCACAAACUGCUGAUGGAGGUGGCGCUGAUGCAGCGGGCGCCGCAUCUGGCCGACAACGCCGUGGCGAAGCUUCUCUUCUUGCAGGGGCCCUCAAUCGCCGCUCGCAUGUCCCGUGGGGAGCUGGCGAACCGCGGCACCCAGCCGAUUCUGACGAGCAUCACAAGCGGCAUGCUGCUCUACGCUCAGUAUUACUUGUCGUUUGGAUCGCUUGCCGUGGCCCGGCAGUGCGUGCGAGUGGCGCUGCAGGUGGCGCAGGAGGUACACUCGAAUUCUAUUUUGGCCUUGGCGCAUUACACCGCCCACGUCGUCGCGGUGCACCAGGGCAGACCGACGGACGCGGCGAACAGCAUCUCCAUCGCGCUGCAACUCAGCCUGGAGAGCGUCGCGGCGGACGGCAGCGCGACGGGGGGGUUUAGUCCAGGUCUAGACGGGAGCGCGGCUGCAGCAGGGGCGGUGAACCCAGACGGGCAGAUGGCCAGCGUUGCCUUCGCAGGGGCGGCGGAGUUGCUUCUCUUCUUCCCUGGAGCAGUCAGCGCCGCGCUGCGCUCGCUGCUCUCCACUGGGCGGUUGGGCGGUGCCGCUUUCAGCGAGGAGGACGGCGUCGGUGGCACUGCGCUGUCCGGCGCACAAGGUUCCGUGGAGGACGCUGGCCGGAACCACAGCGGUGGAGUGGCUGUGUCGGUGCAGACCGUGGCGCAGUCGAUCCGCCAUGCCGUUCUGCGUGCGGAGGCAGCGCUGCUCCAUACCCCGCCGGUGGAGGGUCGGUGGGUGGACGUGGUGGCCGCGUUACAUCGCGAGACGCUGUUGCUGAUCGGCGCCCUCUACGGUGUUGUGUCAACGCCCACUGUCGUGGAUGCGACUUCUUUAAGAAGCUUAUUAGAGCAGGUGAGGAAGGAGGCUGCCUUGACCUCUCCCUUGUUCGUGACCCAAGGCAGCCGCAGCCUUUUCUGGGAGGUGCUGCGUCACGCGGGGCACCACGCGUUGAGUCUGCAGGAGCACCUCCUCGUCACCGAGACCCCCACCCGCCUCACGGGGUCGGCUCACGCCCUGCAGUGCCUACGCACCGCCCUCGACGCCGUUCGCCUUCACUACGGCGGGGCAUCGGUGGAGGCGGCCACGCACAACGUGUUCUUCUCCUGCGUCGUGCGUUACUGUGCGGCGUGCCGGCUGCAGGACGGCGGCUAUGUCUCGGCCGCGCACGCUCUCUUCACGGCUGUGACGAAGCGUUUGGGCCACGCGGCGGGUGCGGAGGGGCGCAAUGCGGACCCCGGCAGCACACUGCAUUCGACGCUGUCGGAUGUGGAUGCCUCGAGUGGAGCGACGCCGCAGUGCUGGCCGCCGGACAAUCUGCUCUUGUACGCCCUGGCGCAGCGCCGACGUGCGGAGACGGCCGCCUUUCUCGGUCUCGUGUCGAUCCCCGGCGAAGCCCGGCAGGCUCUGCUCGCCGUCAGCUCGCGAUACGCCUUCAGCUUCGGCGUUCUCACGGCACACCUGAUGGAGGCGCAGGCACACCAGCACAACGGCCGGUGCAACGCCGCCUUGGCCGCCGCCCGUCGAGCGGAGCGGUCUGCCCUGCGCAUUGGAUUCCCAAGCUUAGUGGAAGCGGCCUGUGCACUGCAGGUAACGGCGCACUCGAGCAGCGGGGACUGGCGAGCUGCGCAGCUGGUCCUUCUGCGCCUGCAGCCACACCACGGUGGGCAUCGCGUCUUCGUGCUUCUGUAUAAGUUCGCGGUGCAUCUGGAGCUGCUGCUGGCGGAGAAGUGCGUCUCCGCGCACGACGUGGAGGCGUUGAUUCGGAGCUGGUUGGGGUUGAUGCGAAGGGAGGGGCUGCUGGCGCCGUCCAGCACCGCAAUUGCCGAGGAUGCCGGGCUCAGUCUGCCGGAGCGGGUGUGUGUCCUCAGCACCUUGGCGCGAGCCCACCGUCUAUUCGGCAGCAACGCCGCGGAGCUGCACUCGGAGACAGUGGCGUGUCUGCGGGAGCUUCAGCAGCGGCAGGGCCUCCCGGUGCCGGACCUCUACGUCCACGGAGAUUGCGAAGAGGUUUGCCAGCACAGCAUUUCCUCUUAA